AUGGUUUUGAGAGGGCACCUUUGUGGACCACAGUUAGAUGAAGGUAUGGCCUCAGAUCAACCUGUGAAAAAGAAACAGCGAAUUGACGCGCCAGAUAUUGAUGAAGGUAGUGACCGAUCCACGGAGGAUGUCCUCACUGACAUAUUUGAUUCUGAGAAUACCCCUGCUGAGACAUCUGAGGAGUUCCCAACUCGGAAUGGUGAGUCUCCAGACAGCGGGACGGUCAGCGAAGACGCUGUCGAUUGUUCCAGUCUCCUGAGACUUCCAAGCGACACCAAUGUAGAGAUCAUACCAUCCUGCUCCAGCUCUGCACCGCACUGGAGUUCGGAGGAUGAUAAACUGUUGGCUGAGCUCAGAAUACUUCAGGAUGCACUGGUAGCCUGUAGAGUAUUAGCUAGCUUUCUAAUAGUGUCAAAAGAUACUGUUGAUGAGAAUUGGCUCCAGCAAAUUGCUGAAAACAUUUACCUGUUUGAUAGAAUCAAUAGGAUUACAGUACAAAAGAUAAACUUCAGUCUAGAUAUUAUAAAGAGGAUAGUCGAGUGGAAAGACGUGGAACAGCACCCUUUGGAAGACAGUAGUUAUAUUAACUCGGGGAAUGUCCAAGUGCAGGAAGAUAAUCCCUUUAGAAGUACUGUUGGCUAUGGGGCUACUAGCAAUGACAUACCCUCAAGUUCACACAGUAACCUGCAAAAUGCAUUUUCGAAUCUACAAACACACGGUGCGGCCUCCACAUCAUCAGAACAAGGAGGACCAUCAACAUUCAGAUUAACUGAGCCAGUAUUAAAGUUAUCCAAUGAAAGAGACAUGGAACAAUCAGAAUCCCCAGAGCCUCCUCAAUCAAGGAUAGAGAGAGUGAAUGAACAUGGUUGUGUCACGGUUGUGCUCACUGACUCUGAAUCCUUCGACACAUCACAUAUAAAAUGCCUAACAAUAAAAACAUUAGAGCACCACUGGCCUGUGCUGGUAAAAAACAUGAAGCUUCUUCUUCUAAGGUACCUGAAUUUAGCAAAUGCUGAAAAUUGUAUACUAACCUUUUUCUCACUAUGGGAGAAUAUUAUUAGUGUAAAAGCGAAUCUCUCAGUAAUAGACACAAAACCAUUCUAUGCUGACUUGCAGGGCUUUGUAGAUCUGUUACGAAAUACAGUGCUGCCAAGUCUAAUUUAUACUCAUUUACUCAGUUUGUUCAAUGAAGUUCUGUGUUAUGGUUCAACAUUAGCGCUACAAGAUAUUUUGCCUGAGGAGAUAUGCUGUCUAGCACACUCCAUUGUGAGGUUUGUUAAAGACUUCAGACUAUUAAAUGAUGUAAGAGUUCAGACUAGCAGAAGUGGUUUUGGAUUUUUAGGAAAUGAAUGCACAAUCCUGAGAGAUUAUAGUCUAGGCCCUGAAGUAGCGCCUUUAUCGUCUUCUAUUCAACUUGUAGAUCAGAGUUAUGGUGAAGAUGAACAUGACGAACCGCAAUCGAGAGGGGAAGUUGACAAAACAAUGCUACAAAGAAUGUCAUUAUUAGUUCUCAAAUCUGUAGCUGUUACAGUGAAAGAAAUGCGAUGCGAUUCCUCCGACAGUUCAAUAGAUUCAUCAGAUUACAAUGCGAUACAAGAUAUGCAAAUUGUAGAACGAUCGAUACGCGAUGUGCUCAAGAAACUAGAUGUUUUCAUCAGAAAUAGUCUUGAGUUCCAUCCUGAGACACCAUUUACGAAAAUGCUGAUACAUUUGUUCAGUGAACAGGAUGACUAUUUGAUUGAAUCCAUGGUGUGCACUCUUGAUAUUACAGUAGGGAUUGUGUACAGAAACUCAAUGUAUCCAGACUUAAUACCAAUGUUGAACCCAAUAUCUUCUUUCAUAGAAUUCCUAAAGGUAGUAUCACAUGACAGUGAUGUGUUGUUGGAUUAUUUGGUGAGCAACGAGACAUGUUUCUUGUUAUAUUUACUCAGGUUUUUGAAAUAUGUGAGGAGGAAUUGGCCGAAAUUCUUGGAGACAUGUCAGCAGGCAGAUUCUGGUGGAAGCAGAGGUUUGGAUGACACCAUGAGGGUACUAAUACGGUUGAGAUUGCAGAUCAGUAGACUGGUGUCUAAGUCACUGUUCCCAUACAAUAUCAGUCCUGUGCUAAGGCUGUUGGAAGUGUGUGAGAGUUUGUAUGAGGGGAAUGAGUUUAGCUGA